AUGCUCGCACCGGGGCUGCUGGGGCUGCUGCUGCUGCUGGGCCCCGCGCUGCCGGCCGGGCCCCCGGCCCUGCGGAGCGCUUUGGGUAUCCCUGCUUCCUGCCGGCUGUCCCGGGCUGAGUCGGAGCUCAGGUGCCGUGUCCCAGGGGGCAAGCUGUGCAGUGACAGAGGCAGGUGCGAGUGUGGAGUCUGCAUCUGCCAGGUGACCGAGUCUGGCAAAUACUACGGUCCCCUCUGUGAGUGCCACGACUGGGUGUGCGAGACCUACGACGGGAAAAUCUGCACAGGCCAUGGAAAGUGUGACUGUGGGAAGUGCAAAUGUGAUGAAGGCUGGUAUGGUGAAGCUUGUCAGUAUCCAACUACUUGCAAUCUUACAAGGAAGAAAAGCAAUGAAAUGUGCAAGAAUUCUCAAGAUAUCAUCUGUUCUGGUGCAGGCACAUGUCAGUGUGGCAGGUGCCAAUGUGCUAACUCAGAAGAAAAUGGACUGGUAUAUGGCAAAUUUUGUGAAUGUGAUGACAGAGAAUGCAUUGAUGAUGAAACAGGAGAGAUUUGUACAGGCCAUGGAAAGUGUUACUGUGGAAACUGUUACUGUGAGGCUGGUUGGCAUGGAGAUAAAUGUGAAUUCGAGUGUGACAUCACCCCCUGGGAGAUCAAGAAGAGAUGCACAUCUCCAGAUGGCAAAAUCUGCAGCAACAGAGGCACAUGUGUAUGUGGGGAAUGUACGUGCCAUGAUGUGGACCCAACUGGAGACUGGGGAGAUAUUCAUGGAGAUACUUGUGAGUGUGAUGAAAGAAACUGCAAAGCAGUGUAUGACAGAUAUUCUGAUGACUUCUGUUCAGGUCAUGGACAGUGUAAUUGUGGAAGAUGUGACUGUAAAGAAGGAUGGACUGGGAAAAAGUGUGAACAUCCACAUUCGUGUCCAAUGUCAGUUGAAGAAAGUGCUAAGAAAUGCCAAGGAAAUUCCAAUUUACCUUGCUCUGGAAGAGGGAGAUGUGAAUGUGGCCAAUGCACUUGUUUCCCUCCAGGAGACAACAGAGUUCAUGGCAAAAACUGUGAAUGUGAUGAUCGACAGUGUGAAAAUGCAGAUGGCGAUGUCUGUGGGGGCCAUGGUAUCUGCUCAUGUGGCCGAUGCAUUUGCCAGGAUGGGUGGUUUGGAAAGUUGUGCCAGCACUCAAGGAAGUGCAACAUGACGGAGGAGGAGAGCAGAAGUCUCUGCGAGUCAGCGGAUGGCAUAUUGUGCUCCGGGAAGGGCUCCUGCCACUGUGGAAAGUGCAUCUGUUCACCCCAGGAAUGGUACAUUUCGGGUGAUUUCUGUGAAUGCGAUGACAGAGACUGUGACAAACAUGAUGGUCUCAUUUGCACAGGUAACGGUGUUUGUAGCUGUGGAAACUGUGAGUGCUGGGAAGGAUGGAAUGGAAAUGCUUGUGAAAUCUGGCUGGGGAGAGAAUACCCUUAAUGGAGGAUGUCAAAGAUUGAGGAGGGUUUUUUUGUUUGUUUUUCCUUAGGCUGCUAGGAGAUUUAAUUUCAGAAGUAUCUGGGUGUGGGUAUGCAUGAACGCACACAUACAUGGUUGUAAAUACCUUAGAACACAUUUGAGGAUCUGCUCCUUAAAGAAAUGCAUCAGAAAACUAAACAAGGGAGCACGACAGCCCAAGCUCUAGAGGGUGAAGUCAUAAAAUAUUGGCCCUAUGGAACUUCUCCAGAGAUUUUUUUGUAAAUUCAGUGGAACCGAUAUUAUACCUUUAAUGACUACUUCUUUGAGCAACCUGAGGCAAAGGUAUAAGAAGACCAUUUUUUCAACAUUAUUUACUUGGG